UUCAAAGAGAUAUGGUUCGUGGUGUGGAAGGAUACAUCGCCAUUGGAUCGAAACAAGUUGAAAUAGAGUUGUACUCUGCAGGUCACAAAUUAUCAGAAGAUAGUAUGAAAUUUGGCGUUGAUGAAACUUGCACCAGCAGCAAUGCUUUGUCAAAAGCUGCUUUAAGUUAUGCGAAAGGUCGUGCUCUAAUUCAAAACGAACAUGGAAUUCUAUUGAAAGCCCUUGGUUCUCAGGUUUCUGAGCCAUUAAAAUCAAUGAUAGUUGGAGCUCGUUUGGAGGAUGCUCGACUACUUGCCAAGCGCUAUGACAAAAUGCGACAAGAAAUGGAAGCUCAGACUAUAGAAGUUUCCAAGCGCCAACAGAAGCUCAGGGAAGUCCCUGGAAACACAGAAAAUAACUUAAAGUUGGAAGCGGCAGAAUCCAAGCUGCAAGAGUUGAAAUCAAAUAUGUCAGCAUUAGGUAAGGAAGCAGUUGCUGCAAUGACUGAGGUUGAAGCCCAACAACAAAGGUUAACUUUACAGCUACUUUUGGAGAUGAUUGAAGCAGAGCGAACCUAUCAUCAAAGGAUGGCAGCAAUACUUGAACAGCUUGAGGGAGAGAUGACGUCUGAGUUCCUAAGAAAUGAAGUGUCUCCUCGCCCUGUCAUGAAAAACUGUAUGCCUUCACCACCGUCAUAUGAAGAAGACAGUGGCAUGUACGUCUCCCAAAAUGAUGGUCCAGCUGAGUCCAUGGAAUACUUUCUAGCCGAAGUUAUGCUUUCAUUUCAGGCUGAGACAGAUGCUGAGAUUAACCUGUCAGCUGGCGACUAUGUUGUUGUAAGGAAGGUAUCCAGCAAUGGAUGGGCAGAAGGUGAAUGUAAAGGCAAAGCUGGUUGGUUCCCGUAUAGAAAUAUUCAAAGACGAGAGCGAGUUCUCGCAAGUAAGAUUACUGAAGUAUAUUGGAAUAUCCUUCCUUAAGUAUCUAGUCUGCUUCAUGAUCACUUGAAGCUUUAAUCAGAGGCUAUAAAGCUAAUAGGCCACCAUUCAUGAACUGGAGGAGUUGGUGUCUUCCUAUUAUUGUGUACUGUACAUGGGAAAUUGUUUUAGUGUCAUGUUCCUUCUUCUGUUUCUUCUGAAGGAAAAUUGUCUGUACAGCUGUUUUUGGAGUGAUGUAAUGUGAUACGCUAGGCCUCUGGUGAGUAUUGUUUCAUAGACUGCGAUUAAGGCAUGCAAACGUCCAUUUUUUGUGAAU